AUGGAUAAGCAAACAGUUUACGAGAAAGGUGUAGAUCAAUUUACCAAUCCUAUUUUAUCUGAACUUAAAGAAAAAGCUUUAGCAGAGAAGUGCGAUGGUGAAUACUUGGAGAAAAUUAUAAAUCAUCACAAGUUCAACCAUCAAAUGUACAAUGGCGUCCCUUUCUUGGAGUCAAUUACAAAAACCUACAAACUUCUAGCUCCAAAAUCUAGGCAGACUGAUAAAUACUUGCAGUUGAUCCCCUACUUAGCAGCAGUAUUAGACAUGCUUAUUUCAGUUCUAGUUGUAGUUGAUGACAUUCUCGAUAGAAGUGAGAUGAGAUCAGGAAAACCGUGCUGGUAUAGAAUUGUCGGAGUCGGUGCUGCAGCCAAUGAUUCCCAUAUCCUGAUCGCAUCGGCUUUCUUCAUUCUAAGAAAGCACUUCUUCCACCUUGAUUGCUACACCUACUUGACAGAGCUUGUGGCGGAAUCGCUCUUUGUCGUUGGCCUAGGGCAGCAUUUUGACAAUGAAAUGUCUCAGGUAAACUAUGAAGACUUCACCGAGGAGAACUACAGCAAAAUGGUUCGGAAUAAAUCCAGCUACAGCUUCUACUUCUCCCUUGGCGGUGUAAUGUACCUUGCAGGCUACACGGAGCAGGAAUCACAUGAGAAGGCUAAAGAAUUCUCCUUCCAACUGGGCUAUCUGGCUCAAGUUCAGAAUGACUUCUGGGAUUGCUACAAACAUCUGGAUUCGAUCGUUAAGAGUGGAACGGAUAUUGAGGAAGGUAAGUGCACCUGGUUGGCUGUUCAAUUCCUCAAAAUGGCCUCUCCGGAACAGAAGGAAGUCUUUAUUGGGAACUACGGCAAAAGGGAUCAGGAGUGUGUUUCAAGGAUUAAGAAGCUAUACAAUGAUCAGAAAUUACCGGAGAUUUAUGCAAAGUUUUUGCAUGAGGAGUGUGCAAAGUUAAGAAACAGAGCUCUGGAAGAUGCAGGAGACAUUCCUUCGGAGCUCUACGUCAAAAUAAUCGAUGGAUUGUUUGAAAAGGAUCUUCAGAACUUCACUGAUGGCAACAAUAUGACAGAUUUUUAG